AUGGCCGAGCGCAGAGCAGAUAAGGCCAUUGGUGGUUUACUGCAUAAGCGACAGAUUCCUGAGCGCCAAGUGUUCUGGCUUUGGGCGCCUGGGCAUCAAACGGCAGAUGUCCCAGACCCAGUGUUUUGGCGCCCUUUCUCGCCUCGAGCUCACGUGGAUCUUUUCGCAGUGGCAUCUGUGCAGUCUCAAUACGGCGACGGCGCUGAGCCGGAUAGCGUUCGCGCAUCUCCCAGUCGCGGUCUUCCGGCCAAGGAGCCGUAUUACUCGAAUAGAGACAUUACGAUAUUGCACGCCGUCAUUACGGCGGCUCAAGAACAGCUCGAUCACGCUACGGGCCCGAAACCGCUGCCCGCCGCUGCAUUAUUCAAAGCGUAUGACGAAGUUCUUCCCGAGCAUGGCGUCGAUCCAGAUACAGACCAGCAUCUCUCAGCCCUCGUGUUCAGAGUGGGCGGCGAGCAAGGGGGCGGCAGCUUGUUAGAAAAAUUCCAAUCAAUACUUGGCCAGAUCGGCAUCGUUCUCGAAUUCAGCGACGACUCUAUCACUACUCCGCAAGACUAUCACCAACAUCCGCUAUCUCCAGAACCAAUAGAUACUGGUCACUGGGAUCCCGAUGAUCUCCCCAUACAGGAGGAAGAUGCGCCCGUUCGAACGAGGCGUCGGACAUACAGCGCUGGCUCCCUAGACUAUGACCCCGGGUUCCAAAAGAUUCGCACUGAAGCAUCAAGCUAUAAGAAAAGAAACCAAACAAAAGAUGAUCUCGCCCUCAUGGAAGCCGAUGCGUAUCCCUCUGCGCCGCUCUCGACAACUGCGACACGGCAUCUCAAUCAUUAUCACCAAUAUCCAAGCCCAUUUUUCGAUCACCUGCCUGUUGACUUCCGUGCCGUAGAUGAUGGCAUCCCUUACGACGAUGUAAAAGCGCACGCCUUGCCUCCACAAACCGAUAUUUCUCGCAGUUCUUCAAAACAUAAUUCAGAGCGAACUACUCUACCUUUGGGAGUAGAAUCUCCUAGGCCUAUGAACAAUCGGGAUCAAAAACAAGCCAACCAUGCCAGAGGGAACGGCAAGAUUAACCAGACGCCUGGAUUGCAAGACAAGCAAAACUUGCCAAUUGGAGCAAGUCAACAUGCUAGCAAAACCGAUGCCAUAGACGUACUGGCGUCGCAUUCAAUACAGGACGAGCUGCCACUGCCAUUUCGCUCCCAGAACGAGAAUACAAUGUCGAAACAGCAGCAAGCGCAACUACUCACGAGAGCAACCCGCGCUCGCGAGAUAUAUCUAGCGAGUAAAGUGUUCAACCACUGGGCAGACCGGACUGCAGCGCGGCUUGAGCGGGAAGGCGUAGCUAGAAGACACAUGAUUCGCUUUCGCUGUUUCCAAGGCUGGAGUCGUGCGCCAAGUUUACAGCUUCCAAUCAUCGACCACUUAAAGGCCCUUACGGCGGUUCAGAAAUUGCAAAGAGCUGUAUCAUACCAGGAAGAGCAACUCCGUCUCGCAGCAACGGCCAUAUCUCAAAAAUAUCGAGCUAGGACGGCGUCUCGCGUCUAUGACCAAUGGUGCUCUCACCUCAUAUCCCUCGUCUACCGUCAGAAAGUAGAUAGGAAACUGAAACAAGGCGCCUUGAUGGCGUGGAAAUCAAGCACUUCCAGCAACACCAUCAAGGACCAAGCUAUUCGUAAGUUUAACAAACAUGAGGGCGUUGUUACCACAUUGUCAAAACUACAAGACCAAGCGCUCUUGCACAAUCAUCAAUUUCAAGUAGCGCGUCAAAUCGGCUCACUUAGGCUACUGUUUGGUUCUCUUGACAAAUGUGAGCAUCAGAUCCAGGUGAAGGCGCGAUCAUCAGCGUACAAGGCCAAGUCAUCCACUGCAGCUGUCAUUCAUACAUUCCACAACUGGAACUUAUCAGUACGAGUGCAAGCCUUUCGGUGGAGGGCGGAUUACAUAUCUGUAACACGAGCCCUCGACGGCUGGCGAAGGCAUUACGUACAAGACGAAUGGAGGCGAAAUGCGUGUGCUGAUCGCCUCAAAUCAUACCGCGCAUCAAAUCUUCUCUGCACUCUACAACGGUCGAGUGACGCUGACGCGCAGUUAUCGGUCAUGGGCAAUCGUGCCAGGCUAUUCAUUGUCACAACACGGACAUUACCCAUCAUGGACGCUGCUGUGGAGGCACGGAGGCAACAGAUGAAAGAUAUGGUUCGACAGUACUUGAUGAUGAGAUACACGGAAGUCUCUGCCGCUAGGAAAAAGCGAAAAUUCUACGAGGCUUUCGACCACUGGCGAGCAGUGGCAACCGAAGCGGCUUCUGAAAGCGAGUUUGCUGCUCUUUAUAACACAAAAUACUAUUACGGACAGCUCGAUAUCGCUUUGGAAAAGUGGAAAAGGCAGGCAGAAGACGAUGUGCAGCUUCAGCUAGCCACCUACCAACAUUAUACGCAGGCCGUAUUGGCGGCUUGGAGUGAUGUCGCCAAAGAGCAUAAUCAGGCGGAUAUGCAGUCGCUGGAACUGUGGGCUUCUCGCAGGCAGCGGCAGUACCUCAAAGCAUGGUCCAUUUCAUCAUUACAACGAAGCGGACAGGCCCAUACCGCGACCAAGGUACAGCAAAAGAAAUACAGCGAAAAACGGAACCGCACAUUUCAUCACUGGAAACAGGCUUGCAUAGGCCCGGACUUUGAUCGCGUAGAGCAAGAUCUACGAUUUACGCCGAACCGUGAACCACCCAGUGGCCGUCGCAGCGCUUGGCGGGCACUUUCUGUUCGCCGGCAUCUGUUAGUGGAAAGGCGCAACAAACCGGACGCUGCGGCCAGGCCAAUGGAAACACCGACGCGGUCGACUGGCGUGCCGUUGAAUCUGUCCUUCCCCUCGUCUGCGAAGCCAAUCUUCGCAUGGCGGGGGACGGACGAAGAAUCGACUGCAUCCAGCGACAUUGAUGACAUUGGAAUGGUGAAGUCCCCAAGUAAAACUCCUGCGACUACGCGGCGGGGUAUAUUGUCAUCCACGACUCCUCGAGCGCCCGUACCUGUGCAUUUGAACAUUAAAGCUGCGCGGCCAGAGGUUUUUCCUUCUCCUCAUCGCUGGAGCACUGGUGACGUUGUAAAAAGCGCAAAGCCGGGUCUUUCACGGAACAUGUCGAACGCACCACAGCCAACUUCAAGGCCCAACUUGAGUAGGUCUGUUGCUUCUUUUGGGCGUUCUGUCCAUACACCGGCCAAACCUCCUGGGCGAUUAGUAGCAAGCGCCAAACCAUCCAAGAAGGCCGGAUCACUACUUCCAGCUGAAGUUGAAUAACUUGACUGAUUACGGGGCGAGCUGCAAAUGUCGUGAAAUUAACAGGCUUGAUCAAAUAAUGCCUGGGGAAGCAUUUAUUUAUAUACAUUAGCGAGAACAUUUCUAGCGAUCUAAUGAUAUACCUGGAUAAUAAUA